AUGACUCUCAGAGAGGAGUGGGAAUACACCGUCUUCUCGUUCUGCCCAAGAGCGGAGCGUGAGCGCGCGGCGGGUCGCCACCACACCACCAUCACCAUCACCAUCACCGCCACCUGCGCAGGUCCCGAACGACCACCACCUCUUCCCGAGCGCCGCCGACGUGGAGCUGCUGAGCGGCGGCGGCGCGCGGUGGCCGCAAGGACCCCAACGGCUUGCGGGGCGGCGGCGGUGGCGGAGGGCUCAAGCCGGCCCCCAGCCCGGCGUCGACGCUGGCGGCGGCGGCGGCCGCGGCGGCCGCGCUCAACCUCGGCCUGCCGCCCGGCGGCCCCGGCCAGGCGCCGCACCACCUCAAGAAGGAGACGCGCCGGAACGACACCUGCGAGUUCUGCGGCAAGUUACCUUACGCCAUAUCAUGUGGUGUUCAAGAACUGCUCCAACCUGACGGUGCACCGGCGCUCGCACACGGGCGAGAAGCCCUACAAGUGCGAGCUGUGCUCGUACGCGUGCGCGCAGAGCUCCAAGCUCACGCGCCACAUGAAGACGCACGGCCGGCUGGGCAAGGACGUGUACCGCUGCCGCUUUUGCGAGAUGCCCUUCUCCGUGCCCUCCACGCUCGAGAAGCACAUGCGCAAGUGCGUCGUCAACCAGAACAGCAAGGUGGUGGGUGCCGGGGGCCUGCUGCUGCCGCCGGCGCUGCUCAAGGGCGAGGACACGGGCGACAGCAGUGCCUCCGCCUCCAAGGACGCCACAUGACUCUUCCCUUGGGGAGGCUUUCGCCCGCUGCCGCUGCAGAGCAUCUACUGAAGCACCAAUCAGUAGCUGCAGCAACAGCAGCCGCCGCCGCCGCCGCCGCCGACCGCCAACGCCUCCCCGCCGAAACAAUCGGAAAAACAAAACCGCAGAGCGAGCGGCGAAAAACAAUAACAAACAAACAAAUAAACAACGCCACGACCGUGCUGCCAUGAGGGUGUAGUGCCAUGUGGAGUGUGUACGGGACGUGAUUGGUGCCGAAACACGAGAGGAAAUCGACAUUUCGUGUGUUUGUGGAGUGUAAGUGGAGUGAUUCCUGCAGCGGUUUGGGCCGGUGCUGGGUGAGCGGAUGUCUCGAGCUGGAUGCUUUGAGUUGGAAAGUUCGAGAUCGGGAUCCUGCUAUCGGUUUCGAGCUGGACGGCUCGAGAUCGAAUCUUGUGGGCCGGGUCGGGCUGGACGGGUCUGGCCAAGUUUUACCACCAGCAUCCGUGCCGGUUCAGGUAGAGCAGCUGAGUGUAGGAAAGUGAACAGCACCGGGUUGUACGAUCAAGGCCCGUUGGAAGUGUUGACACAUCAACCACGAGUGCGGAGUAUUGCGCAUAGUAUGGGGUGUUAUGAGAAGCUCGCUUGUGCAUCUGCAUGGAUCAAGAAAGUAUGAAGAACAGUAUUGUUGAGUUAAUGUAACGUUGUAUAUCCGAUGGUUCGAGCGUUUCACGAGUUUGAUAUUUGCAAAUAGAGCAAGUAAUGUCUAACUGUGACCGUCUGACCAUCAACUUUGUUAUUCAAUAAGUAUAGGAUAUACUCCGCAAGGCAGACCCAUAACAUUCUGUACUAUGUAAUAUACACCGAACGAUCCGUAAAAUGUUUUCAUAAAUUGUUGCUCUGGAAGACUGUGUCGUCAUCUCCACAUGAACGAAUCUCAUUGUUACGCGACAUGCCUACAACUUAGACUUAAUUGUUAUGGUGGUCGUGAGUAACAACCCAGUGGCUUUUUUAAAUGCGAACUCGACUGUUAGCGGUAUACGCAAUAUUAUAUCAUUGAUAUUUUCUUUUUGUGUGAUGCUUCAUGAUUUCAUGAUGUUGAUUGUGACGGAAAAUGGAAACAGAUGUUGAAUAUAUUUGAGUCUUGGGAGUAAUGGAUGUGUUCCUAAACUGUUGGAAAAUCUCCAUGGACUUGUAGCUCAAAGCUCAAAAUUCGCUACAAAACUGCAUCGUCGGCACCUCAGGAACAGUGAUCUGAAAGUGCGCAAAAACAGAUAUGAGUUGAUUACAGUCAAAUUAUUUGGAAGAAAAUUUAUUAUUGCUAUAUGAUUUUACUAUUUUGUUUGAUUUAGUUUUUUGUUUUGAUGUGUGCAUGUGCUGGUUUUUGAACGCUAUAUAUUCCCAGCGACUGAACUAUGUGCAAAGCUAUUAUACCAAAGCCUGUUUCAAGGGGAUAGAACGAAAAAUCAGUGAAAAGUUUAAACGCAAGAACCGGUGCGCAAGAUUGAGACUUUUUUUGGCUUCUAAGUGUCGCCCAGCGACUGGCUUUAAAAAAAUGCAAGCCUGUGGUUUUCAAUUGUUUCUUCGUUUUUUGUUUUUGUGUAUAGAUAGUUGUCAUGGGAUGUGUGUAGGUUGUUCUGCUGAUGAAAGAUAAAUAUUAUUAUAAUUAUUAUCCUUAUGUUUACAUUUAUUAAAGAUGGUAAUGAUUACAAAGACUGAAGGAGAGUAGAAAAUAAGUUGUUCACUAAUCAGACAUGUGUGGUUUGUUUUAACUAAGACGAGUGAUGGCAAGUGAAAAUUCAAUUGUAGAGAAGACUUAACAUGGGGUUAGAGUAUCCCCACCUCGCAAAACAAGAUAGUGGUUUACUUUUGGUUCCAGUACUAACUAUUAAAUUUAUCCAAGUGUUCCUAAGUCGCCAUGUGUAGAAAGUCAGGCGAAAAAUAGAGAUUCAAAAAAAAGAAAAAAUCGCAAUGAAAAACUAUAACCAGAUUAUAGAUUAACCAACUGUCAAUGAAGGAAACCCCUUUCUAAGAAGAGUUCAUGUACUUGAAUGUAUCUUUUUUUAAAAUUCUUUCAUGACUUUGCCCUCAAAACCAAUUUGUAUUAAUAGGGCACUUUCCUUGAUCUAUGAUGUUGUUUGAUCCUUCUGUACUCUCUUACCCAAUGCACAACACUUCUGCAUGCUUUUUAACAGCAUGUCAACAAUCACAUUCCGAGAUAUCAGAUUUCUUUGGUGUUCGUUAACACACCAAAACCAAAAAGAUUCAGCAAGACUGGAAACAUUCCUUUAACAUUGUCUUUCAACUAGUAAGUGUUAUCAAGGCCAACCUAUCACAACAAAAGACAAUAUAUUUAUAACAUAUGACCAUGAUACACAAGCAUUUGUACAUCACCUUUCAGUAAUAAUCAUGAUGAGCUUUUGCAAGUCCCAACCCUAAUCCUUCAUCCCCUACAUGGCAUUGUCAUCAUAAAAUGUGAUCAUCAUGGCAUUAAUCCAAAUUUUGUUAUCCCUGCCCAGCAUCCAAAUGUGACUUGCGUCUCAAUGUUGUCCUAUCAUUCGGGCCAUUAAUGAACUAACUGAUAAAAAGUCAUGCAUUUUUCUGGUAUAAUUUGAAUAAAGGUGAACACAUUUCUUGGUCAUAGUUAACUUUGUUGUGAUUGUGAUUGCAAUGAAAAGUAUUGGUGUCAAGUCUUUUUUUUUUUUUUUUUUUUUUUUUCUCCACUCUUUCCCUUUACCCUAGAUGUCUGUUGACUGCUUUUUGUUGAGCAGGAAGAAUCUAGUUGUCUCGAGAAAGAUAAUUUUUGGUAGCUUAGUGAUUUGUCCACCUUUUCACAAAUCAUGUUAGGCAUUGAAAUGAUUUUUUUUCAUUGGUACAUUCAUUAACACCUGUAAAUGUACAUAUAUGGUUAUUGUAGGAGGUACAUGUUUUUAUAUACUAAUUGGCUCUAAUGGUUGAGCACUGAGUAUCUUCAUGCGUGUAUGUAUGUGUGUGUGUGUGUGUAAUGACCAUAGGCUCCACAUGGUCAGACAACUGUGAGAUCAGUCGACCACUCUCAAUUGUUUUUUAAUUGUCUAGUGAACCAAAGCUGAGUUCUCUUGGAGCUCAUUGUAUAAAAAAUGUACAAAAUCCUCUCCCCUUAACUGAAAUACAUGAGUCGGAAAGUAGAUAGAUUUUCUUUGUAUAGCUGUUUAAGAUGGAGAAAUAUGUUCAUUAUAUUGUAACCGAUAUUCAAAAAUGGAUUAUCCGGGAAUUUUUGUAGGACAUAUGAGCAAAUAUAAAGUAAAUGCAGAUAUUUCUCAACAAACUGUUUGAAGUGCAGAGUUUUACCCCAAAGGUACAUAAUAUAUGACAGGGUAAACCAACUGAAAAAAUAUUGUCUUGUAGUUUUGUGUGUUUGUGUAGGAAAGAACAGAAUGGGAAACUAAAAAAAAAAUCUAAAUAUGUAUCAGUACACAAGAUGUAUCUCUGUGAAAGAUGUAAGUGUCUAAAUACCACUAGCGCUUACUAUUUCAGGGUAUAACUGUGGAAAACGUUUCAGGUUCAUCUGACUACCACAUCAAGUUUCCACUGCUGCGAGGAACAAAGUUUCUUCUAGAAAUACAGACUCUCCUGAAAGUGACAGACCUUGUCAUGAGAAUUUACUAAGUCAAGCCAAUGGCAUUCCUCUCAUGCAAAGAAAAGUUUCUUACCUUUGGGCGUGUCUGUUACCGCAGCGAUGAAAUCCUGAUGUUAGUCUGAAACCUUGCUGAGUAUCACUCAGAAACCUAACACAUAACUUUAUAUCUUGUGCAGAAAGAAGUUCUUGUAGUGGAUAUCAGUUGUAUCCCAACUCGUCGAUAUAUAUAUAAGUAAAUAUACAGUAAAUAGUUUAUCCCGGUAAAAACCCCAUGUUAUAUAUUAUACAUACGUAACUUUCUUACAUAACGGUAACUUGAUAAUUUAGUUAUUGGUUUGUGUCAUCUAAUGGGAAAGCAAUACUUAUCUUCCAGAUGCGAAAGAUAAUGGGCAAAGAAUUGGUCUUGGUAUUUGAAAAAAGAAGAAAGUUUAGAAGAGAAAGUAAGACUCAUUCUUUUGUCCAGCUUAGCAGAUUCGCAAAAAAGUCAGAGGUGUUAUAAGUAAAGUUUUAUUUCAUUGUUGGUAUUUCUUAUAUUGUUUUAGUCAACUUUUGGUUCCAUGCUGUACAGUUGAUACCGCUAAGGGGUUAAAAUCCCUUGCACACAUAUUAUGCACAGAUUGUUUGAUAUAAGCUAAUGUUUUCAUUUUACUUGUGGCUGUUUUUCUUCGAUACUUAUGAUAAUAAUAAUUAUUAUUCAUUAAUGACUAUAGGAGUUACUAUUUAUUAUUUGUACAGUCUGUUCCAAAUGUGGAGAAAAAGUAGAUUUCGUGUAUUUAUCAUGUGAGAGAAAGUAAUUGUUUUUAUUAAAAACAACCAUUCUUUGAACUGAAAGAUGA